AUGUCAACUUACGCUCGUCAAAACCAAACCUUCACUCUGCCAGAUGGCCGCCAGCUAGGCUACGCCGAGUAUGGCGACCACAAUGGGACACCACUCCUCUAUUUCCACGGCUACCCAUCCUGCCGCCUCGAAGCCUACGCAAUCGACGACAUAGCUCAAAGGCACAACACCCGCAUAUUAGCACUCGACCGACCCGGCUUUGGUUUGUCCACACCGCAGCCCAAUCGAAGCAUCACGGACUGGCCUGCGGACGUCUCGGCAUUCGCAAAAAGCAUGCAGCUAUCACGCUUUGCUGUGCUUGGAGCCUCGGGCGGGGGACCGUAUGCACUGGCUUGCGCACAUGGAUUGCCACAGGAAACGCUUGCUGGCGUCGGCCUUUUUGCGAGCGGACCUCCGUGGGUUGGUGGUGCACAUUACAACUCGAUAUACAGACGGGUAGCCCGAACGAUGGCGAUAUACUGGCCAACCGGUCUCAGAAUACUCUUCGAUGUCUUAGUGCGCGUUUCGACGUGGGUGGUCCAUUCGGGGCCUGUAUCGAGGCGGAUUGAUCGCUGGUUGGAGCAGGAAGACAAGAAUAAGGAGGACAGCCAUCAGGAUGUGAACAAAACUUCGGCUAUGAUCACACACAAGAAGACAACAGCGGAGCGUAGACUUGAACUGGUACACGCUUUGCUUGAGGAGCCUUUUGCUCAGGGCGGCAAAGCGGCGGUUGAAGAGGCUAGGCUACUUAGUUCGAAUGAUUGGGGCUUCUCAUUUGAGAGUGUGCGACACAAUCCGGUCAUAAUCUGGCAUGGGGCAAAAGAUACGAAUGCGCCAGUGGAGUUAAUAAGGUACAUGGUGAAAAAACUACCUCAUUGUAUCUAUCAUGAGUUCAAAGAUGACACUCAUUAUACCAUGUUUAAACAUUUCGAAGGGGCCAUGGAAGAGCUUGUUUCAGAGAAGAAGUGUAGAUAG